AACGCGGGACAGAAAGAGGCAGGCUGAGAGAAACAGUGAGAAAGAGAGAAAGAAAGACAGAGGAAGUGUGAAAAGUGUGAAGAGAGGAAAGGCAAGCGCCGACGUCACUGUUGGCAUCCCCGUUGGCGUUCUAGUGGCGUGCAGUUUGGCAUUGCUGCUACUGGUGGCUUUAGCUUCCUGGAAACUGUGUUGGAUACCUUGGCGCAAUAAGGCCGUGACGUCGUCCAGUUCCGUCGCCCUAACCGCGGAGAGCUACCCGUCGCUUCAGCCGCUGUCACGUGUUCCCAGUCCCCAGCAGCCCCUGGUCGGCAUGGCUAUGGAGAAAGUGAAGGAGUCUCUCACACCCAUCGGUUUUCUGGAGGCAGCCGUGAAGAUCAGCCACACAUCACCUGACAUUCCAGCAGAGGUGCAGCUCUCCAUGAAGGAGCACUUCCUGCGGCGCACACAGCGCAUGCAGAGACAGACCACAGAACCAGCCUCAUCCACCAGGCACAGCUCCUUCAAACGUCACCUGCCGCGUCAGAUGCAAGUAAGUAGUCUGGAUCUGGGCGAUGACUAUGUGGACGUGGACGCGCAGCCCACAAGCAUCGGACGCAUCAAUCCAGAGCUCUACAAGCAGAGCAUGCUCGAGAGCGAAGAGUCGGCCAAGAAGGGUAGCGGCAAGACUUGUGGUAAGAUCAACUUCUCACUACGUUACGACUAUGAAAACGAGACACUGAUGGUCCACGUCCUCAAAGCUUUCGACUUGCCGGCUAAAGACCUUUGCGGCAGCUCUGACCCCUACGUCAAGGUCUACCUGCUCCCGGAUCGUAAGAAGUUCCAGACACGAGUCCAUCGCAAGACACUCAACCCUACAUUUGAUGAGCUCUUUCAGUUUCCAGUGCCCUACGAUGAGCUGAACAACAGGAAGCUGCACCUCAGCGUGUUCGACUUUGAUCGCUUCUCCCGGCACGACAUGAUCGGUGAAGUCGAAAUGGACAACCUGUUCGAGGUGUCUGAUCUCUCCCGGGAGACUUCCAUCUGGAAGGACAUCCAGUACUCCACCACUGAGAGCGUGGACCUCGGGGAGAUCAUGUUCUCGCUAUGCUACCUGCCUACAGCUGGAAGACUUACACUCACUGUUAUCAAGUGCAGGAACCUCAAGGCCAUGGACAUCACAGGAUAUUCAGAUCCUUAUGUCAAAGUGUCUCUCAUUUGUGAUGGGAGGCGUUUAAAAAAGAAGAAGACCACCAUUAAAAAGAAUACACUCAACCCCAUCUACAAUGAAGCCAUCAUUUUCGACAUCCCUCCAGAGAACAUGGACCAAGUCAGCCUGCACAUCUCCGUCAUGGACUACGACCUGGUGGGUCAUAACGAGAUCAUUGGAGUGAACCGUGUUGGGUGCGCAGCUGAGGGCCUCGGCAGAGACCACUGGAAUGAGAUGCUGGCAUACCCACGCAAACCCAUUGCACACUGGCACCCGUUACUGGAGCCCAAGAAAUCAGAAAAAGAGUGGAAAACCAGGACGGCUAGUUUUGACAGUCAGGGCUCGUGCCCUUCCCCCAAAGCACCCGCCAGCCCUUGAAUGGAACCACAUGUGCCCCAGAAGGCCUGGCUCCCUUUCCUGCUGUCUGUCUGUGUGCCCGAGGAAAAAAAUAAAAAGCAACAAAAAGUAAACCAAAAUGUCAAAAUCCCUGCCAUCUCCAGGUCUCCUCGGUUUCUCCAGGGCUUCUAAGCACCAAUUCCAUGCAGUAUUUCUCUAAAAUCUCUGGAGCCAGAAUCUUGUUUUGCAGUCAGUUCUUGGAGGCCUUGUGCACAAAUCUUUCUUGAAACAUGGAACCUUUUUGGUACAGGUGAAGAAUUUAUUCCUACCCUUCAAAAGGUGGAUGACUAUGGCAUUAUCAGAAGAAUCACUUCAAGUCAAGUGGGUGAAGUUUUCCUAGUAAGAUGAUCACAUUACUCAGUGCUCGUUGCUUGAAAAAAAAAAAGCUUAUCUCAGAGAGCCGAGCGUCUGAGCAGUUAAAGGAAGGACGGUUCAAGCCAGAAACGGAAAAAAGACUCAAUCUAAGGCAGCGAGAAGUGAUGAGAGUAGAAGAGGAAAAUGAACUGUCAGCUGUUAUACAUGAAGAAACCUCUCCAGAUUCUUUUGGGAAGGAAAAUCAGAUGUUGAUCACCGACAUUGUCGAGACUUUUACAAUAGCCGUCUUGAGCUUUAUUGAUGUCAUAAAAGAAAAAAAAUUGUGUUAGUCAUGUCAUUCAAAAAAAAGAGGCGUUUUUGCCAGUUUAACCAGAGCACAAUGAUCUCAAGUGCUUUCCUUACUGUUCUCCAAAUAGAGAUAUUUUAAGAUCGGCUUGGUGUUAUUGGUGGAUGAUAGAAUAGUAACAUUUAUCUCUGUUAAAUUAACACAUUUAGUUUAAAAAAAUAUUAGUCAGUACAUUUAGUACUCAUGUUCUCAGUAGUCUCUCUGUAGUUUUCUGAGCUCCAUUUGAACUUUCUGCUAAAGAUUUAAAGUAGUUUUAUAGUUGAAGCUCAUGUUAAUCUGUUUUUGCUGUCAGUUAAUCACCACUUGUGUUCGACAACACCGUCAUCGGUUUGUUUGAUGCGCACUACUGGAAACAGGUUUUAUACAGAAAAAUCUUAAGGGCACACUACAAAACUUAUACGGUUAACAACGUCAACCUUUUCUUACUCUCGUCACAUUAUUCGCACAAAAUGAAGCACCAGUGAUUCCUCUAGAGUAAUAAGACUAACACGUGGAGUCGGAAAAAGACCAAAAUACAAAUGGUUCAUCUCUAAAUGAACAACAAGACAAGAUCUUUUAAUCUGUGUGGUACUUCAUUAUAAAUCAAGUGUAAAUAAGGAUAUUUGAAGUCUGAGUGUUAUGAAUUACACACAUAAGACUUUAAGGAUAAAUCUUUAGAGGCCAUUUUCGACUCCUCAGAAAGCACAGUGCACUCCAGCAAUUUACCAACAAGUGCUCUACAUACGAGGGAUUUAUUCAUUAUUGCUGUAAUAACUUGGCUGUUGACUGUAUUUGUCACGCUUAACAAACACAUUUUUUAUACUGCUGAGUCCCUUAAAUGAUUCCUUCUUCAGUAAAAAAUUGCAGAGCACAGCAGUUUCUGUAAGCACUCGGCCAACGGAGGAGAAAAAGGAGCUCACAAUGAAAAAGAUGCAUGCAGGCAAAGGCAAAGUGAACCACAUUUACCUUUUGGCUAUGAAGGUGAGCUGCAGUUCUUCUCCAUCACACACUAUACUAAGCACACUACACUUACUGUAACAUAGCUAAUUCAUUAUAUAAAGCCUUUAAUUCAUCAUAAUGCUCCCAGUGUGAUGAAAGCCUGAUAAAAGCACAGAGCUAUAAAGAUGCAAUACAGAACCAUCUAAAGGGGCAACAAAAAAAAGGUUGAAUUUCUUAUAAUUUUGUAGUAUCAUUGUUCUCAUCAAGUCAUUUUUCUAAAUUGUUCUAUCUGAAAACCCAAAAAAGCUUAUACUGGCCCUUGUGAUUUGAUGUUUUCACAUUUUAAUGCCAUAACCGAUGUUCUUGUUUUGACUGUAAUGUAUGUUGUUUUGACUGUAAUGUAAUAUGUUAUGAUGCUAUUUGUGUGGUCGUCUGGGAAAAGCCAUCAGAUUCUGGAAAAUAGACAAAAUCAGACUUUACACUUUUAUACUAGGACCUUAGAUUUUUAAUGUCACUGCUAGUACACUGCUAUGAAUUAUCACUCAAAAAUAUACCAAAAAGGGGAACUUUUUCUGCCAAUAAAAACAUCCCCCACAAAAAUGAGCCAGUUGACAGCAAUGACUGACAGUUGCACGGAAGCUCCGCCUCUUCCCUCCCUCUCCUAUUAGCAUUAUCUCUCUCUGAUAAACUCUCCUGUUAUUUAUCUUGCUUUAAAGAUGUGCCUAUACUUUCUGACAAGGUGGCAAUGUAAAAGGUAUCUAAAAAGUAUUGGUACCCCAGGGGUAUUAAGCCCCGUCCAGAAAAUAAGCGAAAUUACAGAAUUACCACAACAUGGACAUGUGACAUAUCAAAACGCUCAGCACUAUGAGGGGAAUUGUGACUAGGGUGUUUUAGUUGAUGUCACAUGACGUCACUUGCAGCCCCACUCCCAGAUAUCACAGAAUUAACACAACAUCAACAUGACAUAUCAAAAUGCUCAAACCCUGUACUGUAUAUAUGCACACUACAAUUUCUUUACACCUUAAAUAAUUAAAUUGUAAAAACUAUAUAUAAAGUUUUUAUGAUCCUAUACGCAAAAAGAUGAAAAGUUUUUUUUUUAUGGGUCAGGGCAAAAUCUUUUAAGAGGCAUAUAUAUUCUAAAAUGCCAAAGUUUCACAAUGAGUUUUCCCAGACCACCACAUGUUUAUGUUCUACACCAUUAUGUAGAGUCACAUUGAGUUCAGUGCUCUCUGUUGUUCACGACUCAUUCUAGACAUCCUUAUUUGCUUUAAAACCUAAAGAAGCUCCAACAUUAGUCUGAAGAACACAUGGGAACAGCAUUAACUUAAAUUAGACACUUCCUUUUGGAUGUCAUCCUGCAUUCAUCCCAGUGCUGUGGUGUGUCUUAAAUCACGACUCACUCAGUGAGGAUUACAGUGGGCUUUACAUCUGCAAAAGAACUACAAGUGAUAAAUCCACAUGGACUCAACUCCCUAAAAUUAAUGAACAUUACUUUAGUGCUCAGAAUUUGUCAGCGCUUUAAGUAGAAGCUAAAUAGAAGAAGUAAUAGAAGAAAACACCUCCAUCAGCGAUCAUACAUUACAGCUGUUGAGGUUUACAGUACAUGUUUCUAUGUAAAGAAAUAGAUCUACUCUUUUGGUGAAUAACUGCAGGUAACUGUUUGAUGACUUGACAACUUGUUGUACUGUUCUGAUUCCUACCUGUACCAACCAUGUUUAUGAUGUCCUCAGGCCCCGGCACUAUAGACACAAUCUGUUCCUGUUGUAGGUGGAAUCUGUGAAAUGGGUACAAAUUACUUUACAGUCUGUGCAGUUUAUGAACCUCUUUUUCUCUCCUUUGUGAAUUUAACAACUUUCCAAUUUUAUAUUGCUAAUUUGUACUUGUAAGAAAACUGUCUAUUUCAAACAAGCAGAAAUAAAGUUGUCAGCUGA